GUGUGAAGUUUGUCAUUUGUCGAAAAUGUUCGCAGCGUGGAUCAUCGCGGGUGGCGUUUCCACGACAACACUCCCGGCGACGGUCAGCGAGGCCAGCGGCUCGUCGACGGUCGUCAUGACGACACACCGGCAGGAAAACAGUACGCAACCGUACACCCCAGGUCCUGUCUCCACGGCAACGACCACCAACGGGACGACCGUCGCUCCGACGCGGGGCGACGCCACAGGGGGCGCUACGACUAAGACUCCUCCUCCGACCGGCGGCGCCGUUCCCGGUUGGGGGAUCGCUCUUCUGGUUCUGGCCGCUGUGCUCCUCACGCUCCUCCUCCUAAUUGUCGUCACCGUGGUGCUGUGGUGCUGCUGCGACGGGGGCCGCCACAACAUCCGCGAGGACAUCCCGCUCUACACCACGCACUCGAGAUUCUGGAACGCCAAUCCCGCCCCCGCCUACGUGAGUCUCCGGGACGCGCCGUCGCUAGGACUCGACUCGUCACGUCGCUUUCGCAACCUCCGGGAAAGAAAGCGCAAUUGAUCACGCAAACAAGCGGCCGAGAAACGCCGCACGUUGGCGUCACGAUAGGUCACACGUUGGUCACGCGGCGCGUCGCCCACGUUCUUCGGUCACGUCGUACGUGUGCGCUCUCGUUUCAGGACGGCGUGGACAAAAAAUGAAGGCGACCGACUCAGCGGAUGGCACGCGACCUCCGACCCCACAAAAUGACUCGGGCUGAUUGCGUUAAGAUCCCGAGAUGACAUAACAAAGACAAUCGGAGACACUAUUGAUGAGCCCGCCAAGUGUUGGUUUUGCAUUCUUUGGGUCCAAGCCAAGUCCGCACGUCCCGAGUGGGCUCGGCUCGGUGACUCAGCGGCCGACUUUGGGGUUUGUCGCCGUGACGAGCCUUCCACUGAACAAACAACCGCUUUUGACGACAUUCUUUUUCAUCUUCGGCGUUCCCGUGGAAACGUGCUGCCGACAAAAUAAAAAUAUAUUCAUGUGAAAGUGCCGCUAACAGGAUAUGUGCCCGCGUUACGCAUUCACAGCAUUUCAAAAAAAUCUGUAAUUCGGGAUAAGAAAUGUCGUCGGAUUUCAGGAGCAGAUUAUUUUGCAGGAUGUCCCUAAAAUGGUCAAAAAUCAUUUUGAUCAAAAUCCGCCACGUCAGUGACUCAAGGAGGGUUGCCCCACUUUGUCAGAAUCAGGACUUUACGACAGCAUCGAUGUUGAAAUGUUGCUGGCCAGAAAUCAUUUUCCUGUGACCCAAUUUGGCUCUUUGGUUGGAAAAUGCUCGUCACUUUCUUCCGAGUUGAGGCGCUAGGUUCUCGAGCUCAAAUAAUAAUAAUAAUAAUAAUAACAGCAGUGAAACAAGGACACGUCCUUUCCAGUCGUGAACAAAUUUGAUAUACAUGUCAUUUUUGAGACCAAAAUGUAGCUAGCUAGCCGGCUUGUUAGCCAGCUGGCCGUCUAGCUGGCUAACAAGCCGGCUAGCUAGCGUUGUCCCGCUGCCGCACCUUGUUAGUCAAUAUUUCACUAACACGUCACACAGCAGCCACUUUUUUUUUACUUAUUUAAACACUCCACUGUACUGUGCCGCGCUGUACGACCCAUGGCAGCUU